UUACUGUCUCUCUCAAUGGUGUGGGUGAACCACGUUCUCUUGGGUUGCAAGUAUGGCCCGCAAGUAAUGCAGAAAGUGCUGGAGAUGGCCGAGGGGACUCAUGUUGGCGAAAUGCGCUCCUUUGAACUGGUCCCAAGUGCUGAAGCAAAGAAGAGGCCAAAUUCAUCUGAUGGAAGAGAAGAACCAAUGAGAAAGAUGCCUGUGUCAAAAUUUGGUUCCCGACCGCGAUUCGAGCCGGUGCAUUUUGUCAGUGGAGGAAGCAGUGGAGGAGGAGUAGGAGGAACUGAUGAGAAAGAGAACGAGAAGGAACGAAGGAGGGGUGAGAUCGACAAUAUGAGACAGCUAGAGCCCAACAAUCCUCCGUACAACAAUAACCGUUCUUACGGAUUCUCCUCGUCCUCGUUUGCGAGGGGACCUGUAUACGGAUCUGACCCUUGCGCUGAUCGCAGAGGCAGAGAAAUGACGAUGGGCAACACUAGCGGCCUAGGCUAUCACAGCAGGGGGCCCGUUGUAAACUUCAUGGGAAAAAUGCAGCAGGACUAUUCUGCCAGAUACGAGGCGCACAAUGCCAGACAGUCAGACUCUUCUUCUCAGCCGCACAGGUUCGACGGAUACGGGGGUAGGCCCGGUGGCUGGAAUUCUGGACGUCAAGGCCUGGGCUUCGGUCAUCAAGACAGACCGUCCUCCAGCAGAGCUUUCAACAGAGUCUAUAACAGCCCCGUAAGGAGCACCCCCUCCCCUCUUCCUCCACCCUCUCAGCCCACGCCCGUCCCUCCAGCCGUACUGGAGGAGAAGCAGAGGCUGAUCGCGAGAGUAUCGUCCGCCAUAGCCGUCACCCUCAGAGACCCGGCGUUCAUGAGCGGACCCGACACACCGAAUUACAACUUCAUCCUCAGCCGCAGCAUACAGGCUUGUAAGACUAACCCCGAAUACAUCUAUGUUAAUCUGAGGGAUAUUCCGCCCUCUGACUUACCCAAAAACAGAAAAGUGCCCACUGACGGAUACGCGUGUGAGCUGAGGUGUCAGAACGUUUACUUGGCCACGGGAUACUCUGGCAGCAAAAACGGUGCAAGGGACCGCGCUUCAGAGCAGGCUGUCAAACUCUUCAUGAAGCCGGUGGAGGUACGAGUGGUACAGCGCCAGUAUAAGCGUAAUUACGUCAGCGACCUGGUUGUUUGCCAGAUGCAGUCGCCGACGCCAGCUCUCGUCCCGCCGUUACGCAACCCGGAGGACAAGCCGCCCCCAAGCACCAAGGGCCAGUACGAGCCCGACAAGCGCAAACACUGGUCGGAGUUUGUCAUAAUGGAGAACGCGCACGACGCCAUCUGCAUCCUAAACAACUCGGCCGCCUUCAACCGAAUGAAAAUCGAUUACACUUUUGAUCCGGUCCCUAACAGCAACAUAUGGCUUUGCAGCGUGUAUUUGCAAGACGAGCUGAUUGCACAAGCCAGAGGGACUAAGAAGAGCUCUAAGCAUGCGGCUGCAGAAGAAGCUGUGAGGAAACUGCGAAUGAAUCAGGCAGCCCGCCAACAACAGCAACAACAACAGCAGCAGCAGCAACAGCAACAGCAGCACCUUUCACAAGGGAACCAAUAUGCUGAGUCAUCAGGCGGUCGUUACAGCCAGCAGGGGCCAAGGAAGAAGCAUCUGAGCGAGCUGGUGAUCUUGGAAAACUCGGACAACGCCAUUUGCAUCAUCAAUGACACGGCUCAGUUCAACAAAGUUUCCGCUGACUACAAGUUUACUGUGCUGCCGGACCAUCGCUGGAAAUGCGAAGUCUAUCUGGAGGGACAGUAUGUGGCCACGGGCAUCGGACCCAAGAAGACAGUGAAGCAUAUUGCAGCAGAGGAAGCCCUUGCCACUCUGCGACGAACUCAGGCAGUGGUGAAGUCCAACCUUCGGAAGGAGGGUAACGCGGACGCCAUCUCCCGGAACCAGAUUAUGGCUCGCUCCAGCGAGGAGUCUAUGCGACAGGAGAUCAAGGAGGACAACAUCGGGAAUCAGCUGCUACGCAAGAUGGGCUGGACGGGCGGCGGCUUGGGUCGAGAGGGAGAGGGAAUCGCAGAGCCGAUUAAGGUGAAGGAGCAGUUCACUCGAGAGGGGCUUGGUAUGGAUAUGGACAGGCCGGGGAACCAGCUCACCAAACGAGAUAUCGAGGAGAUCAUACGGAAUUACGCCAGCUCGGAUCGUCAGGACGACCUGCGCUUCUCCACCGAGCUCAACAACGACGAACGCAAGCAGAUCCAUCUAGUAUCCCAGAAAUACGGGCUGCGGAGUAAGUCUUAUGGACAAGGAAGACAGCGCUUCCUCGUGGUCAGCCGCAGAGUUCACAAGGAACAGCUAAUUGGUCAACUUUUACAGGAGGGCCAAGUGGGGAGAUAUGAGUUGGUGAAACCUCAGGCUUCACACUGACUGGUUAUGACUGCAAACACAAAGAAACCUGAAAUGACCGUUACUAUGGGCAAACCAGAUAAUUGUCAUAUUGUGUUUUUUUGUUUGUUUGUUUGUUUGUUUAUUUGUUUAAUAAUAAAAAAAAAAAGUGUAAGAUGUAU